AUGAGAUAUCGGAAAAACAUUUUUCAAGGGAUACAAUAUUAUACUACAUAUAUUAAUAAUAAUAAUAAUAAUAAUAAUAAUAAUAGUUAUUUUAAUAUUUAUUAUAAUAGUUAUUUUAAUAGUUAUUUUAAUAGUUAUUAUAAUAGUUAUUAUAAUUGUUGUAAAAAUAAUGUAAAAUCCUUCAGUGUUUUUAAUUCAAAAGGAAAAGAAAGGGAAAGAAAAAAUGAUAAAGAAAAAAAUGUACUACUACCCAAUAUAAAUUAUUAUUCGAGGAAAGAAAAAAAACAAAUUUUGCAAAACAUUCAUGAACAGAUCGUUUUAAAACAAAAUAUUGAUAAAGAAAAAAUUCUGGAAUUAUAUUUGAAUGAUAAAGAUGUUCAAAAGAUUUUGAAAGAGCAAAAAAUUAAGGAGCCUGAAAAAAAAAUUAAAAGAAUUCAAGAAAUUGUAAAUAAUGAAGAAAAUUUAAAUAAAAAAUUUAAUCAAUUUUAUGAUUUAUUUUGUUUUGAUUUAAAAAAUAUAAAUGAUAGUAAUAUAAGUAUUAAUAAAAAAUGUAAUAUAAAUUAUGAGAUACAUGAUAAUAUAUAUGAUAUAAGACAUACACAUAACAAUUGUAAUUAUCCUUUUGAUAAGUGUGUUAAUAAUAAGAAUGUUUAUAUAUUAAAUAAUGAAUUAAUAAAUAAUCAGAUGUUUAUGAGUUAUGUAAAAACAUAUCAAUAUAUAAAAAUAAAUUUGAACACAAUUAAAAAAUUUCUUCUUUUUAUCGAAAGGAAUUUAAUUAAUUAUGAUAACACAAGUUCAUCCUUUAAAUAUUAUUUUUCAUUCAACCAGUUUGUUGUAUAUUUUUUUAAUUACUCUUUUCAUUUUAUAAAACACUUUGAUAAAGAUUUGUUCUUAUCAUAUAUUUCUUUAUAUAUAAAAUUAAAUCUCUUUUACUCCCAUGACCUUUUUAUUGAUAUUCAAGAAAAAAUAAACCAUGACAAGGAUAAAAUAAAACAAGAUAAUAAUGGAGAAGUACAAAAAACUAUUUAUUAUAUAAACAUAUCGAAUGAAGAAAUUUUGGAUAUUAUAAGAAAUAACAACAAGAAAAUUAUUCAUAUGUUGAAUCUAUUGCUUAAGGAAAGGGUAGGUUGUUAUAAUAUAUUAAAUGUAUUAGAUUUGUAUUAUACAUAUUAUAAGAAGGUUAGAAUAAAUGAAUUAAUUAAAAAUGUGCAUAAUUUGUAUAAUAUUGAUAUAAAAUCAAAAUAUAAUAAUAAUAAUAAUAAUAUAUUGUCUGAUCAUGUAUGUAUUCCCAAUGUAGAACAUAUGAAUUAUUUAUAUUCUUAUUAUAGUUAUAUGAUAUGUUUAUAUUUUAAUUAUAUUUAUUUAUUAAACAACAUAAUUAAGCUAAACAGUUUUUACCUACCAUAUUGUGAUGAAAAUUUAUUGUACUUAUUAAAUUGCGUAGAACUAUUGUGUGAAAAUAUUUUUGAUAAAAAAAUCAUUAUAGAAGAAAAAAUUAAAUAUUUAGUCGGGUAUAUAAAUAAUAAGGAUGUUGAAAGGUAUUUGUUAAAAGAUAUAUUAUAUGAUAUGGGUAAAAAUAAUAUUAUAGAUAAGAAUUCAACAUGUGAAAAUUUUGAAAUUGAAAAGAAGGGAAAAAAAAAUAUAUCACAUAAUUCAAUGUAUAAAAAUAAUAAUAAUAAUAAUAAUAAUAAUAAAAAUAAUAAUGAUAAUUAUUAUACACAUAUUAUAUAUUCCAAUGAUAAUACAAACCAAUCUCAUUACUUAUCACAUAAUAAUAUAUUAAAAAAUAAUAUGUAUGGGGAUAAAGAUGAAUUCCUUUUAAAUCUAUACAUGAAUACACGAAAUAACAUUAAGUUGCUCUUUCAAAAUAUGACACAUUUUUUUAUUUUACAAAAUUGUGAUUUAAUAUUAAAAUUCUUAAAUAUUAUUUAUACAACAAAAUAUAUAAAUAUAUAUAAUAUAAAUGUAUUAUUUUAUAGCCUAUGGAUUAAUCGUGAUGUUAUGAAAACGUAUCAAAUAAAAAACGUACUUUUUUUUUUCUCAUUAUAUAAAAAUAAUUUUAUUUUGAAUAAUGUGGACUUAGGAAAUACAAUAUAUAAUUGGUAUAAUAAACGUUUAAUAUAUUUUAUAAGAAAAAAAAUAGAAAUUUAUUUUGAACAUCAUUCUUUAGAAAAUAGUAUAAGAAGUAUAUUCCUUUUAACGGAUAUUUUAAGUUACAAUAAAAUAAUAAAAAAAAUAUUAAUGAAAAAAUUGGAGCUGUUAAAUAUGCAAAACAUUUCCCCUUCACUCUUUUGUCAAAUAUUUUUUUUAUUAAAAAAAUUAAAAUGUGACGCACGGAAUCAAUUAGGAAGUCAGUUGUUUUUAAAACAUUAUAAGAAAUUUAUACCUUCUUUAACAUAUAGCGAAAUAUUAUAUUUAAUAGAAAAUGUAGAAUAUUUAAUAAGUAGAAAAAAGCGAAAAAUUUUUCUUCUUCUGAUUUUAUAUUGUUUUAGGAAAAUGAAAGAAAAUAAUACUCAUUUGUUAUAUCAAGAUUCUAUUUUUAUAUGCAUGAAUCAUAUUUUUAAAUUAAUAAAUAUAAUAAAUAAAUUUAAAUUAUAUCAAUAUUGUAAAAGAAAUUAUUUUAUUCCAAUAUAUGAAUAUAUCUUGUCUUUUAAUGAAGUACAGCGUGGUAUAAAGAAAGAGAGGUGUCAAUCUAAUUUUUCUUAUAAUAAUAAAUAUUUUAAUGAUUUUUAUGAAAAAAAUAAUUAUACAUUUCUGAUAAAUAAUAAUGACACUAUAUUAAUAGACUACCAUAAGAAUGAUAAAAAUAAAAUAAAGAUAAAAGAACAAACAGUUGAUGAUACAAAUGGGACGAUUGAAAAAAAUGGUGACGGUAACAUAGAUGUGGUUAAUAUACAUGGUGAUCAUAAAAAUAAAAUGGUUGAACAUAAUUAUAAUUGUGUAAUAAAAGACGAUAAUAUUUCAUCACCAAUUAAUUGUUAUGAGUAUUAUACCAACAAUAGUGAUGUUUCUUAUUUUGCUGCUUCAAAUAGUGGUUUAUAUAAAUAUAAUAUAAAAUUAGAAUUACUGACAUGUAGUCAAAUAAUAGAUAUGAUUUUUUUUAAUAUUAACACAAAUAUAAAUAUUUUUAUUAUAGGAGAAUUAUAUAGUGAUUUAUUUUAUCGAAUUAUUAGAAACACUCCUUUUAGAAAAAAUGAAAUAUCACUUAUAUUUAAAAGCAUGUGGAUGUCGAGAGUUUAUCAUGAAAAUUUGUUUAAUUCAUUACUAGAAAUUAUAAAUAAUAAUAAAAAGAUUGUCCAGAAUUAUUUAUAUUCUUUAGAUAUUUUAUUAUGUCUUUGUUCUUACAAAAGAGAGGAUAUGAAAUUAGAAAUGAAAAAUUAUAAGGAGUUACUCAUAUCACUUUUUGAUAUAUGUUUUUUAAAUAUUGAUCAUAUUUGUAAAAAUAUAAAAAGGCAAAUAUAUUUUUAUUACUGUGUUCUUUUUUUGGAAGUAUAUUAUCCUUUAUUAUAUUUAAGAAUUAUUAAAGGGAAGGGGAAUAUUUUUUCUGAUAUUUCCAAAGAAUUUGUUAGUAAUAAAAUGAAAGAGAAGGAAGAAAUAUUGACUACAUUUGAAUAUCAAAAAAAAAAAAAAAAAGUUGAAGAAAAGAAAAAAUUAUAUAUGUGUAUGAAUAAUGAACUAAAUAAUAAUUAUAAUAUGGUAAGAUAUAAUUUGGAAGAUACCAAAAUGGAAAGGAUGAUUAUUGGAGGCUAUAUGAACAAUACAUAUAAUAAUUUAGAACAAAAGGAUAAUUUAAUAAAUAAGAAAAAUAGAAAAGAAAAAGAAAACAAUGAAAUACAUGAAGAAAAUAAAUAUGAUGAUAAAUACAAUAUAUAUAAUGAUUUUAGGAAUGAUGGUGUUAUCUAUCCAAUGUGUAUUCUAAAAAAAUUAAAAGAAAUCUUUUUUAUUUAUCAGAAAAAGUAUGCAUAUAAAUACGAUCUUACACCAUUUUAUGAGUUGUUAGAUAAAUUAUAUAUAAGGAAUAUAAAAUAUAAUAGUGUUCCAAUAAUAUAUUUUAAAAAUUAUGAAUUAAAUAACUUGUUUGUUUUAAAUAUUUAUUUCCCUGUCAUCAAAUUUGCUAUAUUAUUUGUAAAAGAUCACAAAGAUGACAUAAGAAAUGAAAAAAAAAUAAAAAAGGAUAUUAUGAAAUGUAUUCAUAUUAAGAAUAUAGAGAAAGAGCACCUAUUACAGGAAAACGAAAAUAUAAAUGAUAAUAAAACAAAUGUUGUUCGUAGUUUUAAUAUUUUUUAUCCAUAUAAUAUUCUUUCAAAUAACUUAUAUUCAAACGAUAUCGAUAUAUUAAUACAAAGAUUAUAUUUGUAUAAAUAUCAUAAAAUACAUGUUAUGGUAUUAUCAAAAGAAAAGGUUGAUUUGUUUUUUAAAAAAUAUACAAGUCAAAAACAACAGAAUGUAAUAAACGAAUCAAAUAUAGUAUUUCAAAAUGUGUAUAAACAUAUUAUAAAAAAUAACAAAGAAGACUAUACAAUGAUGUUGGCUUCUCUCAUGAAGAAACAAUUACAAUAUAUUUUUUCAUUACAUAAUUGA